UGCUAAAUGAACACAUAAUGAUCUUAAGUCCAGUUCUCUGCCAGGCAGCCAUAGCCUAUAAGCAAUUUGAAAAUCCUGGCAUUAAUACUUAUUUCAUUUUAUAGGUGUGUUAUGGUGAAUGCAACGUUUCCAUCUCAUAGAAAGUACUUUUAAUACAUGUGCAUUGGCUCCAUCAACAUGUCUGUCUGUGAGGAUAUGCUUCUUUGCAAUUACCGCAAAUGCCGAGUCAAACUUUCAGGCUAUGCAUGGGUCACAGCCUGCUCACAUAUCUUCUGUGACCAACAUGGCAGUGGAGAAUUUAGCCGCUCACCAGCAGUCUGCCCUGCUUGCACCAGUGCUCUCUCUGGUAAACUGGAUAUUGUUCGAACAGAACUCAGUCCUUCUGAGGAAUAUAAGGCCAUGGUCCUAUCUGGACUGCGACCAGAGAUUAUUCUGGACAUCAGUUCCAGGGCUCUGGCUUUCUGGACAUACCAGGUUCAUCAGGAGCGCCUAUACCAAGAAUAUACCUACAGCAAGGCAGAGGGCCAUCUGAAGCAGAUGGAGAAAGUCUACACCCAGCAACUCCAGAGCAAAGAUGUGGAGCUGACUUCCAUGAAGAGUGAGGUCUCCUCCCUAAAGAAAGUACUGGAGGAAUACAAAAAGAAAUUCACUGAGCUCUCAGAGAAACUCAUGGAGCGCAAUCGGCAGUACCAGAAACUGCAGGGCCUCUAUGACAGCCUACGCUUGCGCAACAUUGCUGUGGCCAACCAGGAGGCAGGCCAAGAGCCUCCUAUGAUGCCCCAGCCUCCUGUAUUUGGUUUCUCUUUGGGUAAUACUGCCAGGUUCUCUGAGAAUGCAACACCUAUCCAGGGCUGGCGUGGUGAUGGGGACUUCCAUUUCAAACCCUUCUUUGCUGCCUCUCCACCACUGGGCGAGUCUAGCAACAGCUUCUUUACCUCUCCUGGCAAUGGUUUGGAACAGCAAGCAGGAGGCAACAAGGCAUACAAAAUUAAGAGAAUAUAAAUUGUAAUUUAUGUUGACGGUUUAGGCCUUUUUGAAUAUCCAGGUUAGGCAUGAAAUGCUUGUUGGACUGAAAUGCUUGUUGCAGACUUGAGGCUUUUAAAAGAACCCAAAGGCCAGAUCUCAGUGAAGUUUAAUGCAUGUUAAAUUUCCUGAAAUCUUAGAAGUAGCAAAUCUUAAAGGAAGAGAGCCUGCAGUGAGGACUAAAGGAGUAAAUGCUCCAGUUAAAACCAAUUCCUUUCUAAGCUUCUUUCUCUCAGCAGAGUGUUCCAGUUGUUGCUAAUGGUUACUAUAGCCACCGGCACCUCUAGAUAUUGUUGCAUAUAUGCUGUCAUUGUUCCAUUACUCAGCAACAUUAAUUUCCGUCCUGCAACAUACGAUUAUGACUCUGGCUCUCACACAAAUUAUGAUUCCUUAAAGUGAAAUGUGAAAGCUUGCUUCACCAUGUCAUUUUUUCUGGCACUAAGGCUGCAAUCUUACAUAUACUUUCCUGGUAAUAAGGUCUAUUGAACUCUUUGGUGUCUGCGUACAGAUGUAUAGGAUUGCAGCCUAAUUGUUUAAUUACUAUAUUGUUGCAACUAAUGUGUUAUGUGAUCUUUCCUCCUGAUGAUUGCUUUGAACUGCCACAUUUGUGUUGUAAAUGUAAUGGUACUUUCCCCCCUCCAAUUACGUGCAUAAACAUGUUUGCAAGCCUGUGUUUGAUUUGUUCACUGCUUAUUGAAACAGGUGGGGUUGAGUUUUUUUGUGGGGUGUGGGGUGGGGAGG